AUGCUCCCUAUACCGAAGAGGUACAGAAGGUUCAUAUCAUAUCUUACUAUAAUAGGCUCCAUUUUUAUUGUACUCCAUUACUUGAAUACCAAAUCCAAACCUAAUCGCAUAAUAAUCCAAAAUGAAUCACUCACCACUGAAGCAAGAAUUCUUUUAAACGAAGAAAACCUUCCAAACGUCGAUCCUAAUGAUCAUCUCGUAGUAAAUAUUGGGAAAUUACGAUGUCUUCAUAUAGGGACCAUAUUCGAAACAUGUAAGGUCAUUCACAUGUUCCGUGAUGAAUCUACAACCACUUCCAAUUUCGAAAGAAUAGUAAUAAAAAAGGAUAUAAGAGGCUCAGUUGGCUUCCAUUGGGUUGGAACCUCUGAAUAUUUAUUCUAUGAUGUCAUGACAAUAACAUCUUUACUGCUGACUGAAAAUAGACCUUCAAUGACUGCCAUCAGUUUAAUUUAUGAGCAUGAUAAGAACCCUAUAAGAGGUCAAUUAUCUGGUAAAUUUGAUGGGAAUAUAUACAUCAAACUAUUGCCUGUGGAUAUAUCAUCUUUAAAACAACCAGGAACGUUUAUUACUGACUUAACUCUAUUGUUUGGUUCAGAUUGUGUGGAUCCUCGACCAGGGUGGGUUUUAAAUAAAAAUUGGACUUACUCAGAGUAUAGAUUCCCAAGUUAUCUAUCUACUCGAUUAUAUAAUAAUGCUAACCCAAGGCAAGCACGUCCUACGCUAAAGGAAGAUUCAUCUGGGAAGUUUAAGAUUGUACAAUUAGCUGAUCUGCAUAUGGGGGUUGGGAUCAAUAAAUGUGAAGACGAAUUCCCAAAACAUGAACAUUGCGAGGCAGAUCCAAAGACAAUAGAGUUUGUUAAGAAAGUACUAGAACUUGAAGAUCCACAAUUAGUAGUGUUUACUGGUGAUCAAAUUAUGGGUGACAGAUCUAUUCAAGAUUCAGAAACUACUCUUCUGAAGGCAAUUGCACCUGUCGUAAAAAGAAAAAUUCCAUGGGCUAUGGUCUGGGGAAACCAUGACGAUGAGGGAAGUUUGACACGUUGGGAAUUAUCAGAAUUAGCCACCAACUUACCUUACUCAUUAUUCCAAAUUGGAACAAAAGAUACAAAGAAUAACUUGUUUGGAGUGGGUAACUAUUAUAUUCAAGCGCAAGCUAAUGACUCAGAUGAUUUGAUAGCUACGUUUUAUUUCCUUGAUUCACAUAAAUACUCUAAAACUAAAAUAUCUCCUGGUUAUGAUUGGAUUAAAGAAUCACAGUGGGAUUACUUCGAGGAUCUUUACAAUAACAAAUUAAAGCUAAGCAUUCAAAGCAGUCAUAAGCUGCACGUUUCUAUGGCGUUUUUCCAUAUACCUUUACCAGAAUAUUUGAAUCUUGACUCUAAGAGAAGACCGAACGAACAAAAUCAAAUAGUUGGAACAUUUAAGGAGGGAGUUACUGCUCCAAGGUAUAAUUCUGGUGGGUUAAAUGUCUUACAAAAAUUAGGAGUCAGUGUUACAAGCUGUGGACAUGAUCAUUGUAAUGACUAUUGUUUACAAGAUGAUUCCACACCAAGCUUCAUAUGGUUGUGUUAUGGUGGGGGAGGAGGAGAAGGUGGAUAUGCUGGUUAUGGUGGUACAGAAAGACGUUUAAGAAUAUAUGAAAUUGACUCAAAUAAAGGAACUAUAUCUACAUGGAAACGAUUAAACAGUUCACCAAAGGAAAUUUUUGAUUAUCAAAUUAUAUUAAAUAAUGAUGUUCCAGAUACUGUAUAG